AUGCCUAAAGACCGAUUCGUCGCUAGUCCGUUCCCUGAAGUCCAGGUGAGCGAGCUGGAACGACGAGAGUUGCUCCAUAUCGUCGACAUGCACGUGGACGACUAUCUCACCAAGUAUGUGGACCACGUGGUUGUCGACAAGCGCAAGGUGGACGAUCGACGUUGGGAACAUGUCAAGUCCAAAGACAAGCUUCGAGUAUACGCGGAACGCAGUCACAAGGAGCUCAGUCGUCGCGGUAUUGAGCCCGAAACUUCACUCAGUGCAACACAGCGCGUCCAAGAGCAUUCCGUCACCAAAGAUCUGCCCGUAGUUAUGGGGAUCGGGACUCUAGUGGGAGAUCUCGACGAUCUCAUGUACGGCGUUGUAAGCCCGACACUAGACGACAUGCGAGUCAAAGCUUCGUACAUCCACGACGUCGACACGGCCGCUGUCUUGUGCUCCGUGGCGGGACCCAGUAAGGAAGACCCCUUCCGUUCGAUCGUCAUCAAGUGGAUGGCCAUCGACGUCCCGUUACAGUCGACAAAACUGGUCCGCAGUCGAGACUUUGUGUACAUUGAAGCAACGGGUACUGCGUUCCUUCCAACCGGUGACCGAGUCGGGUACCACUUGAUGCAUUCUAUCGACUUCCCGCAGACUAAACUUCUGCCUAAGAAGACUCGCGGCAGUCUAUCUGUGAGAUCAUGCGCUCUCUCGCUGUCUCCGUCGCGGCCGGGGCGUUGCUGUCUGCUACGAACUACGUGCAUUGUGGACAAAUGA